UGCAGAACGAGAACAUUUUUUCUGCAUGGCAAAGGCUUAAUUCAGUUACUAUACAUAGGCCUGCAAUUCAUAGUCUAUGGAGGCACACUGAAGCUGACGAGCAGUACCUUCCCAGUGCAUAGCCUGGCUGGAUCAGAUGUUGAGUUAACCUGCAUGUUUUCAAGCUCCCUGACUCCUCAGCUGACAGACAUAGCAGUGGAAUGGAAAGCAGACACUCGGGAUGGGCAGAUGAUGGUGUACUCCUUUGAUGGGAAGAAAGAAGUAUACAAUCGAAACGGGUCUGAAGUAAGUCAGAGGAGACUCGUUCUGGGAGACGCAUCAUUACAUUUAAGAAACGUGACAGUUGGCGACGAGGGACUCUAUACCUGUACAGUCUUGAUAACUCCAGAAAUGGCGUUUGGCACAACUCAGCUGGAUGUGUCAGUCCAGCCUUCCGUAACUUUGCUGCCUGAACUUCCAACCAUUACAGUCGGGGAAGAGAGGACGCUGUUGUGUGAAAUAAACAGGUUUUACCCAAAGCCAAUAGAUGUUGUGUGGUUCAUUAAGAAAGACUUCAACCCAGAGCAAGAAGCUGUCUCGCGAGACAUCUGUACAGGAAUCCCGCUUCCAAAUGGAGAUGAGACAUUCAGUGUUCAAAGCCGUAUCACACUGUGGGCUACUGCUAAAGAAAGCGAUGCUGUGUACACCUGUCAAGUAAGGCAUAAGUCUUACAAAACGGCUUUCAGAACAAAUACCACAUUAACAGUCAUAGAUACGCCAGUUCUUCGCAUUACAUAA